GGAGAAGAAGAAGAAGAAGAUGCUUCUUUAAAAGCCGGCCAAGGAACCGGAGGGCGGAACGGGCGGCAGAGCUACCCGGGGACUCUGCCUUCCGCCGGGCGGAUGCGCCAGUGACCUCGUCGCCCAGGCGAGCCAGCUCCCCCUCCGGGCCCAGGCGAGCCAUGCCGCCUCUCUUGCGGGGGUCCUUCUGGCUGUGCCUGGCCCUGCUGCCCGGCCUGGGCGCGCCGAUGCCGACGGAGAUCGUGACUCCCAUCCGCCUGGAUCCGGAUCUCAACGGGCGGCAGUACUUCCAGCGGGCUGGCGAGGAGCCCCCUCAGCAAGGGGCCAUCUUCCAGAUCACCGCCUUCCAGGAGGAUUUCUACUUGAACCUGAGCCCCGACGCCCAGUUCCUGGCGCCCGCCUUCGCCACCCGCUACCUGGGCGCUCCGCGGAGGGCUGGGCACCGGGACUUGCGCCGCUGCUUCUACUCCGGCGACGUCAACUCGGAUCGGGACUCCUUCGCCGCCCUGAGCCUCUGCGGAGGGCUGACCGGCGCCUUCGGCUACCGCGGGGCCGAGUAUCUCAUCAGCCCGGUCCGGAACGCCAGCAGCACCGAGGGCGGCGGCGGCGAGGCGCUGCGCAACAACCAAGGGGCGCACCUGUUGCAGCGGCGGAGCGCGCCUCGCCACUCCGCGGCUACUUCUCGCUGCGGGGUGGAUUCCGCCUCCCACCCGGCUUUGGUGCAAGCCCUGGAGAAGUACAAGGGCUCCGGGUCCAGCGGGGCCAAGCCGCCGGGCCAGAACGAGACGGCCCGGGGGACGAUGCCCGCGGGGUCCAGGAAAAGCGGCCGCGCCAAGCGCUUCGUCUCCAUUCCCAGGUACGUGGAGACGCUGGUGGUGGCCGACGAGUCCAUGGUCAAGUUCCACGGCGAUGACCUCCAACACUACCUGCUGACCCUGAUGGCCACGGCCGCCCGGCUCUACCGGCACCCCAGCAUCCAGAACCCCAUCAACCUGGCCGUGGUCCAGUUCAUGGUCAUCGGGCAGGACGACAAGGGGCCCAAGGUGACCAGCAACGCGGCGCUGACCUUGCGCAACUUCUGCGUCUGGCAGAAGAAGUGGAACAAGGGCAGCGACAAGCACCCCGAGUACUGGGACACCGCCAUCCUCUUCACCAAACAGGAUUUGUGUGGUGCUACAACCUGUGACACUUUGGGAAUGGCGGAUGUCGGCACCAUGUGUGACCCCAAACGCAGUUGCUCCGUCAUUGAGGAUGAUGGUCUUCCUUCUGCUUUUACUACAGCUCAUGAGCUAGGCCAUGUGUUCAACAUGCCCCAUGACAAUGUGAAGGCUUGUGAAGAAGUCUUUGGUAAACUAAAGACCAACCAUAUGAUGUCUCCCACUCUCAUCCAAAUUGACCGUAUCAACCCAUGGUCCCCUUGUAGCACGGCCAUCAUCACUGACUUCCUGGACAGCGGACAUGGUGAUUGCCUCUUGGACCAACCCACCAAACCGAUCUCCUUGCCCCAGGAACUUCCCGGUUCCAGCUACAACCUCAAUCAGCAGUGUGAGCUGGCCUUUGGCAUUGGCUCCAAGCCUUGUCCAUACAUGCAAUACUGCACCAAGCUUUGGUGCACUGGGAAGGCUCGCGGUCACAUCAUGUGCCAGACCCGUCACUUCCCUUGGGCUGAUGGCACCAGCUGUGGAGAAGGGAGGUUCUGCAUGAAAGGUGCAUGUGUGGAGAGGCAUAACAUCAGUAAGUACCGGGUGGAUGGCAACUGGGGGAAAUGGGCACCUUAUGGAUCUUGUUCAAGAACGUGUGGUGGAGGUGUCCAGCUGGCUAAACGUCAAUGCAACAAUCCCCCUCCAGCCAAUGAAGGGAAGUAUUGCGAAGGGGUUCGAGUUAAAUAUCGAUCCUGUGGUUUGGAUCCCUGCUUUGCUUCAGUUCCAGGGAAGAGUUUUCGGGAAGAACAAUGUGAAGCUUUCAAUGGCUACAACCAUAGCACAAAUCGUCUCACCGCUAUUGUUUCUUGGGUCCCCAAAUAUUCUGGGGUGUCUCCCCGGGAUAAAUGCAAACUCAUCUGUCGAGCCAAUGGAACUGGCUACUUUUAUGUUUUAGCCCCAAAGGUGGUGGACGGUACACCAUGUUCUCCAGACUCUAGCUCGCUAUGCGUCCAGGGAAAAUGUAUCAAAGCUGGGUGCGAUGGGAAACUUGGUUCCAAAAAGAAAUUUGACAAGUGUGGUGUGUGUGGAGGAGACAACAAAAGCUGCAAGAAAGUUUCAGGCUUGUUCACCAAACCCAUGCAUGGCUACAACUUUGUGGUGCUCCUCCCAGCUGGUGCCUCCAGCAUUGACAUCCGUCAGAGAGGCUACAAGGGUCUGAUUAGUGAUGACAAUUACCUGGCCCUGAAGAAUGCAUAUGGCAAAUAUCUUCUGAAUGGGCAUUUCAUUGUCUCCGCAAUGGAAAGGGACUUAAUAGUCAAGGGCAGUGUGAUUCGCUAUAGUGGAACAGGGACAGCAGUGGAAAGCCUCCAAGCCUUUAUGCCCAUCCAGGAACCCCUGACGGUGGAAGUGCUAUCAGUUGGGAAGAUGACACCACCUCGAGUACGCUACUCCUUCUACUUGCCCAAAGAAAGCAAAGAGGACAAGUCUUCCUACCACCGUAAAGAUGGGAAGCGUCCUCCAGUCCUCAACAACAGUAUUCUCAGCCUGUCCAACCGCCUGGACCUGGGUCAGUUGGAUUACAAACGCCCCGCUUACAAAUGGGCUACCACCAACUGGGAAGACUGUUCAGUCACUUGUGGCAACGGUCUUCAGAAACGCAUGGUGCUCUGUCGCGAUGUCCUUGGCCAGCUGGCCUCCUCUUGUGAUGCCACUCAGAGGCCUGUUGACAUCAGGAUAUGUGGAGAUCCUUGCCCAACUUGGGAGGCAUCUCCCUGGUCCUCAUGCUCCAAAACUUGUGGCAGGGGGUUUAAAAGGCGCAUACUGAGAUGCACAGGGCGGGGUGGCAUCCUGCUGCCCCGCGAACGCUGCAACCUCAGGAAGAAACCACAGGAGUUGGACUUUUGCACCCUGAGACCUUGCUGACCAGGCUGUCUCCACAACUGACCAAAGUCAAACGUGCUACUUUCUGACUCUCGGUGAUCAAGUGGCUGAAAGUGUAAAAAUAGCCUCUGGAGGGGGGGAGGGAGUGGGAUCCAGCAGGAGGUCCGCUACAUAGUGCAUUUUGACCAAGAACAUUCUAAGAGGGGAGAAGAAGAGUACCAAUAAGAAGGGGGCUUUAUAGAGGUUGUGACCAUCCAGUCACUUAGUGGUAAAGCAGAAGUAAACAACUACCUCGAAAUUGCCCAAACCUCCUAGAAAUUAUCACCAUUGAGCCAUGUAUGAUGGAGAAGGCAAGGCCAGAACUGAAAAGCAGCACUAUCUUGAGAUGGACCAAAGACUAGGAAGGUGAUUCCUUAGAGCCAUGGCUCUAAAUCCUUUCUAAAAUAAUAAAAAAAGAUCUAAAAUAUAAAAGGGACUUUUAGGACCACCCACCUCCUUCAACUCCUCGGGUUAUAGUGGACCAUAAGGAAGUACCAUUGAACCUAGAAUGAAAGAAUUGUAAGAUUUCCAUGAGUAUAACAUGGUAUCCCUAAGAAAGUGAUAUCCUAGCUCUGGUGGAAUUGCAGGUCUCUAGACACACAUGGGGUUCAUACUUCCAUGCAGGACUAAUAGCCAGUCACUGAUUGGUAGUUACCAAUUAACAUUUAUGAGCAAUGUACAUUUUAAUGGUGCUGGACCAAACUGCCUCUGAAGUUUUGCCUGCUUCUCAUGGUUCGUGUCAAGAGAACUACCAUAUCGGGUAAGGUGGAGCUGCAUCUUAUUUUUCUGUUCCUUAGUGAACAGGAAUGCAUCUUUUGACUUUUCUUCCCUGCUUUCAUUAGUUAAGCCCACAUAUCUUACAGGGGUCACUGUUUCAGGUUAGAAUUCUCCACUCCAUAGUACAUCUGCAAAAUACAUGUUGAACACCUGAACGUUGGAUUUUGGAUCCAGGCCAGGCUAGCUUUGUUCUUUGUAUGGAAAAAUAAUGAAAAGGAGAUGAACUGAAAGGCUCCCAGGAUGAUUCUCCUGGAGGGCUUGAACAUGAUCAGAAAGUAAAGGAGAAAGUAUAGUUGUAACUCAUGCCCAACUAAUCAAGGAGAGAACCAACCUAGAACUAAGGAGAAAUUUCCUGAGAGUUAGAACAAUUAA